AUGGCCUGGAAGAACCAAACAGACCACCCUGAAAUUGUCCUUUUGAGCAUCUCCAGCCAAUUUGAACACAAGAGUUUCUUCUUCCUGCUUUUUCUCUUAGUCUACAUGUUGAGCCUUCUGGGGAAUCUCCUGAUUGUUCUUCUCAUACACUUUGAUGAAUACCUCCUUCAUAUUCCAAUGUACUUCUUCCUUAGCCACCUCUCCCUGGCUGAUACCUUCUUUGUUUCCACCACGAUGCCUAAGAUACUGUCAAACCUGAUGUUCCAGACUAAGACCAUCUCUUUCAGAGGGUGUUUGACCCAAAUGUAUUUCUUCUUGACCUUUGGCAACACCGAUAACUUCCUUUUGGCCUGCAUGGCCUAUGAUCGCUACGUGGCCAUUUGCCACCCAUUACGCUAUACCACAGUGAUGAGCCACAAAUUCUGCCUCUUCCUGGUAUCUGGCUCUUGGAUUCUUUCUUCUCUCCACUCCUUGCUCUACACGCUUCUAGUCUCACGCCUUUCUUUCUGCACUUCUUGGGAGAUUCCCUACCUCUUCUGUGAUGUCUAUCCACUUCUGGAGAUUUCCUGCUCAGACACAACACUCAUAAAGAUCCUGGCACAGACAGAAGGUAUGGUGGAUAUUCUUGGACCCUUUGCCCUCAUUGUGACUUCCUAUGCAUGCAUAUUCCAUGCUGUUAUGAAAGCCCCAAAGGCUAUUGGUCAGCGCAAGGCCUUCUCUACCUGUGGCUCUCACCUGGCUAUUGUAGUCUUGUUCUAUGGUGCCAUCAGCUGCCUCUAUUUUCAGCCUGCUUCAGCUUAUUCAGCCCAGAAAGGAACCUUCAUCUCUCUCCUGUAUGCAGUACUGACUCCAAUGCUUAACCCUUUCAUCUACAGUCUGAGGAAUCAUGACAUCAAGGCCUCCAUGGCAAGACUGCUCGGCAAGCUCAGAGGUGUUUUGAGGUAUUGA